UUAACUUUUCUUCUUAUGUUUGAGUUCAAAGCAAGAGAAUUCCCUCAAAAACCGCCAUCUUCGAAAAUUAUCGAAGGAGAUGGGAAGAGCAUUUGUAUACGUGAUUCUUGGAGGAGGUGUAGCUGCUGGUUAUGCAGCUUUGGAAUUCACGAAGAGAGGUGUCUCUCCUGGCGAGCUCUGCAUAAUCUCUGAAGAACCUGUUGCACCAUAUGAAAGGCCAGCACUAAGCAAAGGUUUUCUACUUCCAGAAGCUCCUGCACGGCUUCCAUCAUUUCACACUUGUGUUGGUGCUAAUGAAGAAAAGUUGACUCCAAAAUGGUAUAAGGAGCAUGGAAUUGAGUUAGUUCUUGGAACUCGAGUUAUGUCUGCUGAUGUUAGGCGAAAGACACUGUUAACGGCCACUGGAGAGACAAUAAGUUACAAGAUUCUCAUCAUAGCAACAGGUGCUCGGGCUUUGAAGCUUGAAGAAUUUGGCGUUGGUAGUCAAGAUGCUGAGAAUGUGUGUUAUUUACGAGAUUUAGCUGAUGCAAAUAGGCUUGUCAAUGUGAUGCAAUCUUGCACUGGUGAAAAUGCUGUUGUCAUUGGUGGUGGCUAUAUAGGAAUGGAAUGUGCCGCAUCUUUAGUAAUCAACAAAAUAAAUGUAACCAUGGUGUUCCCUGAAGCACAUUGCAUGGCCCGCUUAUUUACACCAAAAAUUGCAAGUUAUUAUGAAGAAUAUUACAAGUCUAAAGGAGUGAAGUUCAUCAAAGGAACUGUCCUGUCAUCAUUUGAUUUUGACUCCAAAGGAAAGGUUACAGCUGUUAAUCUCAGAGAUGGAAGCAAGCUGCCUGCAGAUAUUGUCGUGGUUGGAAUUGGAAUACGUCCCAACACAAGCCUGUUUGAAGGACAAUUAACCAUAGAAAAAGGUGGGAUCAAAGUGAAUGGACGACUGCAAGCAAGCAACAGCUUUGUCUAUGCAGUUGGAGAUGUUGCAUCUUUUCCAGUAAAACUAUUUGGGGAAACUCGUAGGCUUGAGCACGUUGACUCAGCACGGAAAUCUGCAAAACUUGCUGUUGCUGCUAUAAUGGAACAGGAGAAAACAGGUGAAUUUGACUAUCUGCCAUUCUUUUACUCCAGGGUGUUCACAUUGUCUUGGCAGUUUUAUGGGGAGCCUGUAGGAGAGGUAGUGCAUUUUGGUGACUACUCAGGAAACAUGUUUGGAGCUUACUGGGUAAAUAAAGGUCAUCUAGUUGGAUCUUUCCUUGAAGGGGGAACCAAGGAAGAAUAUGAUGCCAUUGCAAAUGCUACACGGCUUAAACCGGUAAUCAAGGACUUAGCAAAGCUGGAAACGCAGGGCUUGGGAUUUGCAAUGACAGUCAGUCAGAAGCCACCGUCUGGAUCGCAUCCCGAGGUUAGCAGUUCGGCUCUUGUUCUGGAGAAACCUGUAUAUGGUUUGCAGGCAACAGUUGGUGUUAUCCUGGCUGCAUCAAUUGCUGCAUUUGCAUAUUGGUACGGGAGGAGGCGAAGGAGGUGGUGAGAAGCAGGCUCAGAUGCCGAGAAAGUUCAUUAAGUUCUCUGAAAUCCAUGUUGUAGCAUUGCUCGUCCUAGGAGAUUUUAAAAUACUAAUUUAGUUAUAUCAUCACUCUAUUUAAUAAAAAAAUGCUUGACACGAUAUGGAAUUAUUAGUUUACCCAAA